AUGACACCUCCUCAACGGGAAGUCUUCUUCAAGCGCCUAUAUGCCCUGGGUACUCCAAAAGCUUCUUGUGCAAAUCGCCUUGGCUGUGUAAGGCUUGCUAUACACCUGCUUUUGCACUCAGAGUUUGAGGCUGCAGUGGCAGUACUGGCUGUGGUGUGCAGCAGUAUGGUGCCCGUUAACCGGGCUAGCACUGGGAGGAGUUUCCUAACUCCACUAGGAAAUGAAUACUUCUUGCCGGUGCGGAAAAGUAAUAAGCUUACUUCCAGAAGUGUUCUUUGCAUGCUUCUCCUGGUGGCCAUGGGUGGUACCUAUCUCUUAGAGAACCCCCUGAACAGCUUAGUUGCACUCCACCCUCGCUAUGUUUGGUUGGUCGAGCGUCUUUUGGAGCAUAACAUCCCAACCUACAAAGUUGCCUUUUGGAUGAGGAAGUUUGGAAGUUUAUCCUUCAAACGUACUUGGGUAUGGGCCAAUACAAAAAGGAUUUGUUCAUUGGACAUGGGCCCCCUUUUUGGCUGGGAGAAGCAGGGCUGUGUUCAAACUACAACCCGCUAUGUUGACAAAGCUGGAAAGCGGCGAUUUGUUGGCAAUUCCAAUCUCAAGCGCUCUCAGCAGUACACGUACAAGUUUGCUUCGAAGAUCGUUCAGAUGGUGCCCCUGGUUCGCCAAGAUACUAUGGAGAACAAAAUUCCCAUCAAGGUAUCCCCGGAAUCAUUCAUGGACCUUUUUGGCAAGAUGAACUUUGGUGAGGAAUGCAAACAGUGGGAUUCAGAGGCUGACUUAGUGAGGGUGGUGCAGUAUGUGCGGGGGUCCAAGAAGCUGAACAUUCCUAGGGAAUGGCGCGAACUGAUCCCCAAAACAAUUCCUAUUUAA